UUGAUCCAUCAAAUACAAACUCUCAUCCGAUUUCCUUGGUAUAAGUUACAAAUUUGAUCCAAUUUUCCCUUUUGUUGAAAGAUUACAUCAUACUAAUCGAUUUCCUCUCCUUUUGGUUUCCAAAUUCCGUGUUUCAUCGAUAAAGAUGUUGGAGAAGAUCGGAUUGCCUCCGAAACCAUCGCUGAGAGGAAAUAAUUGGGUGAUCGAUGCGACACAUUGCCAAGGAUGCUCUUCCCAGUUUUCUUUCAUCAAUCGCAAGCACCAUUGCCGAAGAUGUGGAGGCUUGUUCUGUGGCAGCUGUACCCAACAAAGAAUGUACUUAAGAGGACAGGGUGAUUCACCUGUUCGUAUUUGUGAACCCUGUAAAACUUUAGAAGAGGCAGCUCGUUUUGAAAUGCGGUAUGGACACAAGAAUAAAAGUAGAAAAGGGGCUUCAAAACUUGCAUCUGAUAAUGAAGAUGAUCUCUUAGGAAACGAAUCAAUUUCAUCAGAAAAAGGAUCGGUUCACUUGCGUCCAAGUGCUUCAUCUUCGAACACCGACAUGGAGGUUGACUGUGAGUCAACUACUCCCGAAGAACUGAGGCAAAAAGCCGUUGAAGAAAAGAAAAAACAUAAAACUCUAAAAGCAGAAGGAAAGCCAGAAGAAGCAUUGAGAGCUUUCAAAAGGGGAAAGGAGCUUGAAAGACAAGCGGGAGCUUUAGAGAUUGAAUUAAGGAAAAACCGUAAGAAGGCUCUUUCAUCCACCAGUGGAAAUGAAAACUCAAAGGCUGGAAUUGAAAAACAACCGAAACAAAAAGAUGAUCUUGUUAAUGAACUCAGAGAACUUGGAUGGUCUGAUCAUGAUCUUCAUGAUGCUGAUAAAAAACCAGUGAACAUGACUUUGGAAGGAGAAUUAUCAACCCUACUUAAACAAGUCUCUCAGAAGAGUACUAAAACCGAAAAGGGUAAUGUUGGAAUCGACAAAUCCGAGGUUAUUGCUAUUAAGAAAAAAGCACUCGCCUUUAAGCGCGAAGGGAAGCUCACUGAAGCGAAAGAAGAACUAAAAAAAGCCAAAAUUCUUGAAAAACAAAUCGAAGAACGGGAGUUGUUAGGCGAUGAUUCCGAUUCCGAUUCCGAUGACGAGUUCAAGUCAUUGAUGCGUAGCAUGGACAUUGAUAAACAAGACAUUUUAGCAUCCGGGAAUGACCGGAAUCGGAAUCACAACAUUGAUGUUGACUUUGACUUUGACCAUCAACUCGAUUUUGAUGUGACCGAAGAAGAUAUGGACGACCCUGAAAUGUCGGCUGCUUUGCAAUCUUUAGGGUGGACCGAAGAAGAUCAUUCGGUCAAUGAUGACAUGGCGGUGUUAAGUGAAAAAAUACAAUCUUUAAAAAGAGAAGCAUUAAUCAAGAAACGGGCGGGUCAAACCGAUGAAGCAUUGGCACUUCUGAAAAAGGCUAAAAUGCUCGAGAAAGGAGAAAAUAAUGAUCCGGGUGCAUCAUUAGAACUGGAUUCGGGCCUGAAACCGGGUCCAAAAACAGGCCCAAAGAGCAAGUUAGCAAUUCAAAGAGAGCUUCUUGCCUUAAAGAAGAAAGCUCUUGCUUUAAGAAGGGAAGGAAAAGCUGACGAAGCGGAUCAAGAAUUGGCAAAAGGGAAAGCUCUUGAAGAGCAACUCCAAGAGUUGGAAAGUGGUCCGAAAGUCAAACCUACGGUCAAGCCCAUUGACUUUUCGACACCAAUGGAGGUUGAAGAUGAAGAUGAGGAUGUAACUGACACGGAUAUGAACGAUCCGUCUUAUUUAUCACUUUUACAAAACCUCGGUUGGCAAGAAGAAGAAAAAGAAGUUCCCAAAGUCAAAGUUGUUGACUUUUCAACACCAAAACCACAAAGUAAAACCGAGAUUCAACGUGAACUAUUGGCCCUAAAACGAAAAUCCCUCGCUUUGAGACGCGAAGGGAAGGUUGAUGAGGCGGAAGAGGUUUUACAAAAAACAAAAGGGUUAGAAGCGCAAUUAGCAGAACUCGAAGGACCAAAUCAGAAUUUGGACAAAAAUAUCGUUGAAAAAACGGAGCCUCAAACCGUUGAAGUUAUGGUAGAAGAAAAGGCACCAGCUUUGGUAACUAAGUCUACCGAGUCAACCGAGUCAGCCGAGUUGGGAUCAGUCCAGGAACGGGUGAUGGCUCACAAGAGAAAAGCACUUAGCUUGAAAAGAGAAGGAAGGUUAACCGAAGCCAAGGAGGAAUUGAAGUUGGCUAAACUUUUAGAAAACAAAAACCGAGACAUGAACAUAGACACAGACACAGACACGGUGGAUCGAACCCAGGGUCCGAGUCCGGUUCCGGUUCCGGUUACUAGUGAACCGAGCGGUUCAAUUGCUAUGGAACCGGAAGGAACCAGCGAGAGUUCACCACCACCAUCGGUGAAAUUAUCGUCUCGGGAGCGGUUCAAAUUGCAACAAGAAUCUUUGGGGCAUAAAAGGAAAGCAUUAAAGUUGAGAAGGGAAGGGAAGAAUGAGGAGGCGGAAGCCGAGUUUGAAUUGGCUAAAAAUCUCGAGAGUCAGCUCGAGGCCGCCAGUGAGACGGUGAAACCGCCUCCUGGUGAUGAUGUAGGCGUUGAGGAUCUUCUUGAUCCUCAACUUUUGUUUGCUCUUAGGGAAGUGGGGAUAGAAGGUGGUGGUGGUGUUGGUGCUCGGCCUUCGCCGGAGAAGGCGGUGGUGAAGAAGGUUGAGGUGGAGGCGGUGGCGCGGUGGUGAAGAAGAGUGAGAGGGUGGAGUUGGAGGAGGAGAUAAAGGCGGCGAAGGUGAAUGCGGUGAAGUUGAAACGGGCGGGAAAGCAAGGGGAGGCGUUGGAUGCUCUUAGACGUGCUAAAUUACUUGAAAAGAAGCUGAAUUCUUUGAGUUGAUCUUAAAAUCUUAAUGUUAUAAGGGGUUCUACUAUUAUUUUACUAGAGAACAGUAUAUUAUUGUAUGGAUAUGCCAUUUUUGACUUAGAAAUGCACA